AUGAAAAAAAGAUCGUGCCUGCCAGCUUUUCCCAAGAAUGAAGAAUGGAAAAAAGAAAGGGGGAAAAGGAUAAAUCAAGCCUUCUUGAAGCUGCGAAAAGUUUGGUUUUUUCUGACGGGAGACAAAAACACAGAUGAGAUGAGGGUGUCAAUACCAUUGUUGUUCAUCUUUCUUGUUUUGGGUUCGAGCUCCAUUAAUGGCGACACAGAUCCAAAUGACGCUUCUGCUCUGAGGGUUAUGUAUCAGAGUUUAAAUUCUCCAGGACAGUUGACCAAAUGGACCGCAAAUGGCGGCGAUCCUUGUGGAGAUCAUUGGAAAGGUGUUACCUGUUCAGGUUCAAGAGUCACAGAAAUAAACUUAUCAGGUCUCGGGCUAUCUGGAGGAAUUGGAUACCAGCUUACAAGUUUAACAUCAUUAAACAGCUUUGAUAUAAGCAACAAUAAUCUUGGCAACCAGAUACCUUAUAACCUUCCUCCAAAUUUGCAGAGAUUAAAUAUUGCUGGAUGUGGUUUCAGUGGCAGCCUUCCAUAUUCUAUAUCAUUAAUGAAGCCUCUAAAAUACUUAAAUGCUGCUCACAAUCAACUUAAUGGUGAAUUGACCGACAUGUUUGGAAAUCUUCCAUCUUUAUCUACACUGGAUUUAUCUUUCAAUACUCUUACGGGUAAUCUUCCGCAGAGCUUCAGCUCUUUAUCUAGUGCAAACGAUAUGUAUUUGCAAAACAACCAGUUUACAGGAACAAUUGAUGUUCUUGCUGAUCUUCCUCUUAAGAACCUAAAUGUUGCAAAUAACAAAUUCUCCGGUUGGGUUCCUAGUCGUUUGAAAAACAUAAAUCUACAAAAAGAUGGAAACUCAUGGAACUCAGGGAAUGCACCCCCACCUCCACCUGGUUCACCUGCAUCUGGAAGUGGGAAUCGGAAUCGCCAACCGAGUGGAAACGGAAACCCGUCUACAGGCAACUCCGGUAAUGGCGGGAAGAAAUCCGGUGUCAGUGGUGGAGCCAUAGCCGGAAUUGUGAUUUCCAUUCUGGUUGUUGGUGGAGUUAUUGCAUUCUUUUUGGUAAAGAAAAGAUCCCGAAAGUCACGUACUGACAUUGAAAAAACCGAAAACCAGCCUUUUGCUCCUCUUGUACAGCCACAAGGAGUUCAAGAACUGAAGUCUGUUCAAGCUUCCUCAACAGCCAACACAAAAGCAUUCGAAAUCCCAUCAACCAUAAACCUAAAACCACCACCAAUGGAACGCCACAAAUCAUUUGAUGAUGAUGAUUACACUGCAACGGCAAAACCCGUGGUUCCUAAAAAAGUAAGCAUAGCUCCAACGAAUGCAACAUCCUAUUCAAUAGCAGAUCUUCAAAUAGCUACGGAUAGCUUUAGUGCUGAUAACCUUGUGGGAGAGGGGUCUACUGGACGUGUAUUUCGUGCUCAGUUUGAAGAUGGAAAGGUUCUUGCUGUGAAGAAGAUAAAUUCAUCUGCUUUACCUGGUCGUUUAUCGGAAGAUUUUAUUGAUAUAGUUUCAGAUGUAUCAAGGUUACGCCAUCCAAAUGUAACAGAGCUUGUUGGGUAUUGCACUGAACAUGGACAGCAUCUUCUAGUAUAUGAGUUUCUUAAAAAUGGUUCUUUGUAUGAUUUUCUGCACCUCUCAGAUGAAUACAGCAAACCGUUAACAUGGAAUAGCCGUGUGAAGAUUGCUUUAGGGGCAGCACGAGCAUUGGAAUAUCUACAUGAAGUAUGCUCGCCAUCCGUUGUUCAUAAAAAUAUAAAAUCAGGCAACAUUUUACUGGACUCAGAGCUCAAUCCUCACCUCUCAGACUGUGGUUUAGCAAGCCUUGUUCCAAAUGCAGACCAGGAAUUGGACAACAAUGGUGGUUCUGGAUACAGUGCACCAGAGGUUUCCAUGUCUGGUCAGUACACGAUCAAAAGUGAUGUCUAUGGUUUUGGUGUCACCAUGUUGGAACUGCUCACUGGAAGAAAACCAUUUGAUAGUUCAAGGACAAGAUCUGAACAGUCUUUGGUGCGAUGGGCGACACCUCAGCUACAUGACAUUGAUGCUCUUGCAAAGAUGGUUGAUCCUUCACUCAAAGGAUUGUAUCCGGUUAAAUCCCUCUCUAGGUUUGCAGAUGUGAUUGCUUUAUGUGUACAGCCUGAGCCGGAGUUUAGGCCACCAAUGUCUGAAGUGGUUCAGGCGUUGGUUCGACUUGUUCAGAGGGCAAACAUGAGCAAGAGGACUGUUGGUAAUGAUCGAUCUGAUAAUAGCCAGGAUGCUCAGGAGUUUGAGGGUUAAUUGAAGUUGUGCAAAUGAGAUUGAGAUUUAAUUAUGGAGGACAAUUCUUGGGGAAAUGGAGUUUGCUCAUUUGUCUUUGUUGUUGUAUCUCUUUUGUCUACUGUGUCGGUUUCUUUUAAUUAUAUUGUGUUGUUGGAUUUUAUGGGAUUCUUUGUAAAAUAGUGAAACGAAUUGUUUAUAUACCACCAAGUUAACUUCAUCGGUAAAUUUGAGUUGUUUGUUUGUUUGUUUCUGAACCCUGUGGUUAU